AUGGCGGGUCGGUGGCCACCUGCGGGGUCGUCCAACGCGAGCUGCAGCAUGGCCGAGUUCGACGCCUGCAUGCGCAAGCUCAGCAGCAUUACCGAGUCCGACGAGCUCGCACUCGCAUCCACAAGGCACGAGCUGGACAUCCUGUGCAGCAAGUGGAAGGCGGGCCACCGCUGUGUGGACGAGCACAUGUCCCGCUGCUCGGACAGACUCAAGCAGAUCCUCUACAAUGAUGUGGUGCACGGCACGCGUCAGGUCAUGAAUGAGCUGUGCAGUCCGGGACGUAUGCAGAACGACUACCUACGGCUGGCUCCGUGUUUCAAGAGUCUGUUCGUGGAAGGCGGCAAGUGCUCGCAGAAAUACAAGAGCAUGAUCCAGUGGUCCAAAGCGUCCACCGACAUCACAGAAGCCGCCAACGUCGAGGAAGGUCUCCGAAGGACCUGCUGCACAUUCAACGAGUACGUGCACUGCUACUACGUGCACAUGCCGGAGCUGUGCGGUGAGGAAGGGCGCGACUUCUUCCGCACCUACACGGAGAAGAUGUCGGGGCCGCUGAUACACGAGCACUGCGCCUCCUACACGUUCGACUCGACCUGCAGCAGCCAAGCGGCGGCCGCGCCACACCGGUGGGCCGCAGCAUCGUGCCUGUCGUUCAUCGCGGCUGCCACGUUUGUUUGACGACUGAACUCGCAAGGUUCCUCAAAGAAGUGAAAAAGCGGCGAUAAAGAAAC